UUCUGAAGCUAAGGACGCGCCGCCAUUUUGCCCGACAACAAGCGAAAAUUCGACAUUUUAUCGGAUUGUUUACAUUGGUUUAUGACAACGCAAUUAUGGUGAAACGUUGCUGUUGGGGCACUUGUAACACUGAUAGCAGAUACCCAGAUCGGCUUCAAGGAGGGAUAGUGUUCAUUCCUUUUCCAAAACCUGGAAGAAACUUGGAAAAAGCGAAGAGGUGGAUACGCUUGUGUGGUCGUCCCCAUUAUCAGUUAAAUGAAGAUAUACUCAAAGAAAGAGGGAAAGCGAAACAUUUAUAUGUGUGUUCAAAGAUGGAAGACUUUCUGGACUUAUUUGCUGACCUGAACGAAGUAAAUGCUGUUCUAGGACAAUGCCAAACAGAAUAUAUCGAGAUCCUUUAUGACCCAUCUGGAAUGGAAUGUCCAAUCAUCGGAUGUAAAGGGACAAAGUUUCCCUCCAAAUCCAAAUUCACACGUCACUGGGAGGAGCGACACAAAAUGUCCACCACCAAAUACAUAUGUUCUGUACAUGGUUGCAAUGCUGAGUGCCGAAGAAAGUCGGACAUGCGGACCCACAUAAGGAGAAUCCAUGAAAACAACACUGAUACAGGGGAGUUUAUACUCGCUAAGUGCGAGGUGAUCCAGAGGGAGAGUAAGGGUUAUUUGGACCCUGGAUUGUAUAUCUUCAGGGGAACAACUAUGAAUGGGGCAGCAGGUGUACAAGUUCCGCAGGAAACUCAGGGGAAGGAGUCCUCUACAGCAGGCACUUUAACGGACCUACAGGAACCAGCCCCAGAGGAGAAAAGAGAAGAAGUCAAGAAGAGGAAAUUAACCCUCCAAGAAUAUCAGGCUCGAGAACCUCCACACCACCAUACCACAGGAACACAGACUACUUGGUGUAAUUUACCGUCUCUUUGUUUGCCAAAUCUACCAGAGACCGGAAGCACAGAGGAGUUGCAUGCAUGCCUCAUGUGGCUUUGCAAUGGUAUGGACACAUUGGGUAGAGCGAGGGAGCUAGUGAAAAGAAGACUCGAGACUGGAAACAACAUGGAACUGGAGCGGGAGAGAAACCUUAGGCGUCAACUGGAAAAGAAGAACAGGGAGCUCGAGAGUGAACUUAAGAAACUUCGGGAGAGGGACACCCUUUUCGAGGAGUGACAUUUUUCAUUAAUUAUAUGGACCUAGUAGUUGAUUUGAUAUUGAAUGCGUGUGUAUUAUUCAUGAUUUAUUAUUGUUGUUUUGACAGAUGUUGUUAUUUCAAUUAUUUAUUUUCAUUCUAUGAUAUUUUAUGUUAAUAAAGAUCUAGGUAAUGAUUUCAUUGUGACUAAUGUGGAUUCCACAUUAGAUCUUAAGGAAGGGGGAGUGUGAUGGUUUUACAUAUUGCUCACUUAAUUAUAGGUUUUAUUUAUAGUCUAUUUUACCCUCUUUAUGCAUUUCCUUGAUUGUAUUAUUGAGUUAUUGCCCUUUUGUGUAUAUCCCGACCGGGUUGCGGCCGUCCGGGUUGCACCCGCCCUGGUUACGCCCGUCCGGGUCUGUUGAUCCCGGCCGGGAAUUGUUAUAUCUAUAUAUAUACCUGUUGAACGCAGAUUGAGAACGGUAUUGAGUAUAGCAGUAAUUAGUAGCAGUAGCAGAUUUGUAUAUUUCGGACACAGGGGCUAAAUUUAACUAUAACGGUAAUUAUCACACUCCCUUGGAUUUAAUAUGAUCAUGCUUCAUAUCUAAAUCAUGUUAUUUUAUACAUGUUCAAUUACAACAGAAUAUAAUUAUUUCUAAACACUGA